AAAAGAAUUUAGUAUCAACUAGAAGCCAAUGUAGUUAAAAUAUUUGUUAUCAUAAAAGUCAAUAGAGAACAGCUCCACUAUACAAAGACACAUGACAACGGGAUGCGAUAAGAAGAUAAAAAAUUUAUUUAUAUUAUUUGUUAUGCCCAACUACUGUCAGUUUAAUUGUGAAAUUUAACCAAGAUAUUUUUCUAGCUCUGGGUAUUUCCGUGAAUCAUGACGAACCGAAUCAUUAAGACAGUCAAGUUCUUUAUUAUCCUAAGUUACUUCUUUAAUUAUUUAUCAGCCUAUAGGACAAUUCCUCGCUAUGAUUUUGGAACGACAAAUAAGAAAUUGAAGUUGAUACACUCAUGGAAAACACUGGAUUUUGAUUUUGGUGAUGAUCAUGCAAGACAGAAAGCUAUUGAGAGUGAGGAAUUCAUUCCUGGAGCUCCAGUGCCAAUCGAUGUAGACGUGGCAAACAUGGGUACGAGCAAUUCGAGAAUUUUCAUCACAAUCCCACGGUUUCAAAAAGGAGUCCCUGCUACUCUUGGAUAUAUUCCCCACAACAAUGCCCUAACAAGACAAGUCAACGAUCCUAUCAUCAUUCCCUAUCCUAACUGGGGGCGAAAUAGAAUUGGAAACUGCGAUAAUCUUGUUUCAGUAUACAGAAUAAAGGUGGAUGAAUGUGGCAGACUGUGGGUCCUAGACACUGGGAAAUUGGUAGACGAUCAAAUAUGUCCCCCAAAACUAUUGAAGUUUGACUUAAACACUGAUACAUCAACGACCUACAUAUUUCCACAGAAUAAAUACAAAUCGUCUUCUCUCUUUAUCACACCAGCUGUAGAUAUUCGAGGCCAGUGUAACCACACAUUUGUCUACAUCGCCGACGUGACAGGAUUUCAGUUAAUUGUUUACGAUGAUAUGAAUAAAAAGUCCUGGAGUAUUGAGAACAAUUUGUUCUAUCCAUACCCAGACUAUGGUUCAUUCACAAUAGCGGGAGAGAGUUUUAAUCUGAUGGAUGGUAUUUUUGGUUUAGCUUUAGGUCCACUUACUGGGUAUGGUGAUAGGAUGCUUUAUUUUCACUCACUAGCAAGUGUGGUUGAAAGUCAAGUUCGCACAUCAAUCAUCAGGAAUUCAUCAUUGUUUGAGAAUUAUGACAAUGACUAUGCAGUCUCUAGAUUAUUCAGUUCAUUUAGAAAAGGAAGGUCUUCUCAAGCUGGAGCCCAAGCCAUGGAUAAAUAUGGUGUGUUGUUUUAUGGUUUGAUGUCAGACACAGCUAUUGGAUGUUGGAACAGUAAAAGUCAUCCAGAGUUCGGUGGGAAAAAUUUAGAUGUGCUUGUUGUUGAUACAGAAACUCUUCAAUUUGUAUCUGGCUUGAAAAUAAUUACUGCUCCUGAUGGAAGAGAUGAGCUUUGGGUGAUUACUCCAUCUUUCCAGAAAGUCAUGACAGGUUCUUUAAAUCCUAGGGAAAUUAAUUUUAGAAUCCAAGCUGCGUACACCAAUGAGUUGGUCGUAGGAACUAAAUGUGCAGCUUCCAGCACUUUUUUCUAUUGAUGAAAUCCUUGUGUAAAUAAUUAAAACCAAAAAAUCACUCAUGAAA